UGAUGGGUGUUUGAAUGUUUAUGAAGAAAUGAAGGCUUUAGGUGUUAAGCCAAAUUUGGUCAUAUACAACAUUUUGUUAGAUGCCAUGGGAAGAGCCAAGAGGCCUUGGCAGGUGAAGAAAUUCUAUCAGGAUAUAAUUGACAAUGGGUUGUCACCAAGUUUUGUGACAUAUGCAGCUCUUCUGCAUGCGUAUGGUAGAGCUCGUUAUGGAGACGAUGCGUUUAAAAUUUAUAGGGAAAUGAAGGAAAAGGGGUUUGGGAUUGAAUGUAGUUCUUUAUAAUUCCAUAUUGGCUAUGUGUGCUGAUCUUGGCCACGUGGAUAAAGCUGUUGAGAUUUUUGAGGACAUGAAGAGUUCUGGAAUCAAGCCUGAUAGUUGGACUUUCUCAUCCAUGAUUACCAUUUUCUCAUGCUGUGGGAAAGUUUCUGAGGCAGAGAAUACGUUGAAUGAGAUGUUCGAAGCAGGCUUUCAGCCAAAUAUUUUUAUCUUGACAUCACUUAUCCAGUGCUAUGGAAAAGCCCAACGCAUUGAUGAUGUUGUGAAGACAUUUAACCGAAUUUUUGAUUGGGUUAUAACUCCAGAUGAUCGGUUCUGUGGCUGUCUUCUGAAUGUGAUGACUCAAACACCAAAUGAAGAGCUCAGCAAGCUUGUUAAAUGUGUUGAGAGGGCUAAUCCGAAGCUUGGUUAUGUGGUUAAACUUUUGGUAGAGGAGCAAGACAGUGAGGGGAAUUUUAAGAACGAAGCUACUGACCUGUUUGAUAGUAUUAGCACUGAAGUAAAGAAAGCUUACUGCAAUUGCUUAAUUGACCUCUGUAUCAAGCUCAAUAUGUUGGAGAGAUCUUGGGAGUUGCUUGACCUUGGAUUGACACUUGAAAUUUACACCAAUAUAAUGUCCAGAACUUCAACCCAGUGGUCCCUAAAUCUAAAGAGUCUCUCCCCCGGGGCAGCUCUGACAGCAUUACAUAUUUGGAUGAAUGACUUGUCCAAGGUACUGGAGGCAGGGGAGCAACUUCCACCAUUGCUUGGAAUGAAUACUGGGCAUGGGAAACGUAAGUAUUCUGAGAAAGGUUUAGCCAAUGUGUUGGAGUCAUAUUUGAAGGAACUAAAUUCUCCAUUUCAUGAGGCUCCUGAUAAGGUUGGCUGGUUCUUAACUACGAAGGUUGCAGCUGAGUCAUGGUUGGAAUCUAGAAAAUCAACUGACGCAGUAGCUGCUUAG